CUUAAUUUCUUAUCUUAAACUGCACACUGCAUUAUUGAAGAAAAGUUUAAAAAACAUCAGACUUGUCUUCAUCUUCACUAUAACAGAAUCAAGAUGGCCACAAGUUCUACAUCAAACUCAGCCACCAAAAGACUAGAAGGGAAGGUAGCUAUAAUCACCGGUGGAGCUAGCGGAAUAGGCGAAGCAACUGCGAGAGUGUUCAUAAAAAAUGGAGCUAAGGUCAUUAUUGCCGAUAUCCAAGACGAACUUGGAAAUUCUCUCUGCAAAGAAUUUGAAUCAGAUCAGGAAAACAUAAUCUCUUAUAUCCACUGCGACGUGACAGAAGAUUCCGACGUUCAAAAAGCUGUAGAUUUCGCAGUUUCCAAACACGGAAAGCUCGAUAUUAUGUUCAGUAACGCCGGAAUUGCAUGCCACAGUCCGAGUAUUUUAGAAACAGACAAUCAAGAUUUUAAAAGAGUAUUUGAUGUUAAUGUUUUCGGCGGUUUCUUAGCAGCCAAACACGCGGCUAGGGUUAUGAUUCCCGCAAAGAAAGGGAACAUUAUUUUCACAGCAAGCAAUCUUUCAGUUACUAGUUUUCAAGCAUGGCAUCCGUAUAUUGCGUCGAAGCACGCUGUGGUUGGUUUGGCGAAGAAUCUUGCAGUGGAAUUAGGGCAAUAUGGGAUCAGAGUGAACUGUGUGUCGCCCUAUGCAGUUGCGACGCCAUUGAUGAUGGGAACGUCGGGAUUGAUGGAGACGGAGAAGGAGAAAGUUCAGAAAUUGAUUUCGGAUUCGGGUAAUUUGAAAGAUGUUGUGUUGGAAGCUGAAGAUGUAGCGGAGGCAGUUGUUUAUUUGGGAAGUGAUGAAUCUAAAUAUGUGAGCGGAUUAAAUUUAGUGGUCGAUGGAGGUUAUAGUCUUACAAAUCCUUCGUUUGAAAAUGUAAUGAAAAAUUUCAUUGCUUAAAUAAUUGUCUCUAAAGUGAAUUAAGAAUGUUUCUAUGUUAUGAAUUAUGUUGAUAAUAGUGAGUCUACUAGUUCUGCUUUA